GCAGUAUACGACUUGACCAGUCCCCGCCGUCGUCGCCCCAACACUAACACAACCUGCGCUCCCACCAUAUUGUAAGGCUAUACACAUGCCCACCUCCACCUGCUGAUGUGUACACACCAUGACAAGUGAUUGUGGAGUCCUCAGCUAUUCGAGGGAACAGGUUGUGUUCCAGUAGCAGGAUAUUAAGAGUAAGGUUGUAAGUGUGACUGAGGAAAGGUUGAAAAGCUUGUUAACAUGGCCGAGGUGGACCACUUAAUAGCCUCUUGGAUUAGCAGUAACUUGCCGUACUUCCUGCUCGCUUUCCUGGUAAUAUGGUUCAUUAAGAAACACACCGCUGACAUAAGACACAGAUGGUUUGCCUUCCUAUCGUACCAGCUUACCAAGGAAAAGGAUGCCAAAGUGGAAGAAGUGAAGAAAGACUUGUUUGCCAGUCUUGGAUCUAUUACGUCCCAUGAUCCUGAACUUCGGAAAGAAAAUGCAAUUAAAAUUUUGGAGAUUGGAGUUGGGACGGGUGUUAAUUUCUCUCACUACCCCAAUGGCAGUCAUCUAGUGGUUGUGGAUCCAAAUCCCUAUUUUAGAAAAUAUUAUAAUGACAAUAGAAAGAAAUUCCCAAAUAUACGCUCUGAAGACAUCUUGGUGACAGCAGGAGAGCAGAUGGAUGAAGUCCCUGACAAGAGUGUGGAUGUUGUGGUGAUGACUUUAGUGCUCUGCAGUGUUAGCGAAAUUGAAAAGAUCUUGCAACAGAUUCUACGAGUCCUUGUACCUGGUGGCAAAUUCUACUUUUUGGAGCACAUACGGGAAUUUGAUCCAGUGAAGUAUAGUGCAAGAGAGAAACUACAGGACUUCCUCACUAAGAGUGGCAUAUGGCCAUUUCUAUUUGAUGGCUGUUGCUUAAAUCGUGACAUGCUAGAUGUUAUUAAAAGAGCUGGUUUCUCAAAGGUUGAUGGUGUACGUUUUUAUGCUCCUAUUUCCAAUUUCUUUUUCAAGCUCAUAAAACCACACCUGAAGGGCAUUGCAGAAAAAUAAAUGUUCCUGACAAAAUUAUAUGUAGUAACAAGUCUCAUUACUCUAUAUAUCUAAAAAAAAAUUCAGAACAGGCUCAUGACCAAUGUGUGUUGUAUUGCAUUGAAUCAAAAAAUAGCUAAUUGUCUGGAUUCCUAACAUUUUAAAUGUCUUGUUCUCUUAUUAGUCUGAAAUGUGGGCACUAUUAUUGGUCUUGUACACUCAACUUGUCAGGUUAUAAACUAUAACCUGAUAAGUUUAUCUGUGUACUGUAUAACCUUCCUACACUGUGGAAGGUUAUACACUAUAACCUGAUAAGUUUAUCUGUGUACUGUAUAACCUUCCUACACUGUGGAAGGUUAUACACUAUAACCUUCCACAGUUGCAGUAGGAUAAUAAGAUCUGCAACUGACUUACAACAUUAUGCAGUAUGCUAUAUUGAAGCUUAGGGUUUCAAAAGAAGUUAUUUAACAGUUGAUAAAAUUUUAAAUUAAACAUACUGUAGUGCUUUGUUAAAUAAUGGUUAAUUUUAUGCAAUUUAUUUUAUGCAAUCUUGACAGUAAACUAAAAAAUAGCUGUAUUAUAAGCAAGGAAGGGACUUUGCAUUAGACUCCUCUAUGGUAUGUUGCAAGAAUAUGAGCGACAGUUAUAUAUUUUAAAUCUCGUAUAGAAUAUUUUUUAGCCAUUCUCUCUAUUUUCUUGUUAGAAAUGUUAAUGGUAAUGUGAUUUUUUCCUAUGAGGCUGUGUUUUUGCUUGGAGUGUUUGUAUUUAUCUUAGAAUAAGUUUGAGAUAACAGCAGCUUUUUACACACCUAUUUUAUGAUGACUUCUUCGCUUUUAAAUUUGGCUUCUUGUGGAGGAUGGACAUUUGCAGAAUGUUCUCCAAUUAUAUUUUUUUUAGACACCUUUAUAUAAAGUUAUUAAGAGGAGCAACUAAAAUAUUUACUAGGUAAUUUCUUCUUUUGUAAUUUUUAAAAUUCACUUGAAAGUGUUUAAGAUUAAAUAAAGAUUGAGUUCCAUGGUAUAUUGGCACGUGGAUUUUAACGUUUUUAUUGGAAAAUGCAUUUUAUAGUUCCUGCAGGCAAAUCACAGCUCGCUUAUAUGUGCUUCGACUACUUUCAAGCACUGGGGAAUGACACCUUGAUACCUUCCUUGAGGUUAUCUUGAGAUGAUUUUGGGACUCAGCGUCCCCGCGGCCUGGUCCUCGACCAGACCUCCUUUUUGUUACACGUCCCCCCAGAAGCAGCCUGUAGCAGCUGUCUAACUCUCGGGUA